UUAAAUCUUCAAUCUCUGGUACAGCAGAGAUCAGAAAGUGUUCUUGCAUCGUGGGAACUAUCAUAACUUAUCACUGAAAUACUCUGUAUUUCAGCGUAAUUUACAAACGAUUAUUCAUAGCUAUUUAUUACAAACCAUUCUGUCUUCACGGAUAGAUCUUUCACAAGCACUUAAUAUUGUUUACCAAAGAAAUGGUGAUGGAGAAGCCAAGUCCCCUGCUUGUAGGGCGGGAGUUUGUGAGGCAGUAUUACACACUGUUAAACAAGGCACCUGAUUUCCUCCACAGGUUCUAUGGGAGGAAUUCUUCCUAUGUUCACGGUGGACUUGAUCCGAAUGGAAAGCUGACAGAAGCAGUGUAUGGACAAGCGGAAAUUCACAAAAAGGUCAUGUCUCUGCAAUUCAGUGAAUGCCACACAAAGAUCAGGCAUGUGGAUGCCCAUGCCACUCUAAAUGAUGGAGUGGUGGUUCAGGUCCUCGGAGAACUGUCCAACAACGGUCAGCCCAUGAGGAAGUUUAUGCAGACAUUUGUGCUUGCUCCAGAGGGUUCGGUGGCAAACAAAUUCUACGUCCACAAUGACAUCUUUCGUUAUGAGGAUGAGGUUUUUGGUGAUUCUGAAGCGGAGCUUGAUGAAGAAUCAGAGGAGGAAGUUGAAGAAGAGCCAGAAGAGAGACAGCCAUCCCCAGAACCACUUCAAGAAAGCCCCAACAGCUCCACAUACUAUGAAUCACACCCUGUCAGUAAUGGUGUAGAAGAGUCGAUAGAGGAACCAGCUCCGGAGCCAGAACCAGAGCCUGAACCCGAGCCCAAAGUGGAGGAGAUUAAGCCAGAAGAUGAUGAGAAGGCUCUGGAAGAGAUGGAGGAAAAGACACCUUCACCUGUUCCUGUAGAGUCUCCUCCAAAUACCCAGGAGCCUCCCAAGGCUUUCUCCUGGGCCUCUGUGACCAGUAAAAACCUGCCUCCUUCUGGUACAGUCACCUCCUCUGGAAUCUCACCCCAUGUUGUUAAAGCUCCAAGCUCACAGCCCAGAGUUGAAGCCAAGCCAGAGACACAAACCCCACCCCUGCGACCCAGAGACCAACGCACACGUGACAGACCAGCUUUUACCUCACGGGGACCGAGACCCGAUGGUGUUGCAUCUUCGGAGUCACAGACAGGAAAGCCGCACACGAGUUUUGUUAAUAAGGGUGGCAGGGGAGACAUGGAAAACAGUGAAAUGGAUGGUAGGCGGAUUGUCCGGUACCCAGACAGCCACCAACUUUUUGUUGGCAACCUCCCACAUGACAUUGACGAGAGCGAGCUCAAAGAAUUCUUCAUGUCAUAUGGAAACGUUGUGGAGCUGCGAAUCAACACCAAGGGUGUGGGUGGAAAGCUGCCUAAUUUUGGAUUUGUGGUCUUUGAUGACUCUGACCCUGUUCAGAGAAUUCUGGGGGCCAAGGUAGAAGGGCCCAUUAUGUUUCGAGGGGAGGUGCGUCUGAAUGUGGAGGAGAAGAAAACGCGGGCAGUGCGUGAACGAGAGACCCGUGGUGGUGGAGCAGAUGACAGACGGGACAUGCGGCGCAAUGACCGGGGUCCUGGAGGCUCACGCGGCAUUGUUGGAAGUGGAGUGAUGCGUGACCGCGACGGGAGGGGACCACCGCCUCGAGGCGGUAUGGCCCCCAAACCUGGCAUGGGGCGGGGCACAAGUGGCCAAGGAGAAGGUCGCUUCACAACCCAGCGCCGCUGAGAGGGGCACUGCCUGUGCUGUGGAAAUAACACCAUGUUCUUCAUCAACUGUUCUUGUUAACGAAAAGAAAUCUUCAUGUAUAGGAGCAUAUGGUUUGUUUGUUUUUUUUUUUGUCCCCCCAUCCCCCUCUUUGCUUUGGAAUGUGACAGCCUGUCAAUAAUUUGUUUGUGAAAUAGACAAAAAAAGAAAACAAACAAAGCCUUUCACUUAUUCGUUGCAAGCUGAACGUCCUUUUUGGGUAUCUCAAGAGAAAACAAACUUUAAUUUGUAAAUUUGUGGAAAAGGCAAUCCAACCAGGAAUAACCUGCCACAUUAAGAGGGACUGAUAAGACUUAACUUCGAUAAUCCAGCCCGUCACUUGGAGAGUAUAUGCAUUGACAUAACUGGGCCGCUGCUUCAAGAAAUCCCUCUAUUGCACAAUUAAUACGGUCGUUUUUCCACCUGAUGCUGUUGGAAAAGUGAGUUGCAAAAUUUGUGCGGUUCCAGGGGAAACUCUUGUCUUUUUACUUUUUCCCUUGUGUGAGACCACUGCUUCAAAAUUGCAUAAUGAGCUCAUCAAUAUGCACUAAUGGGUACUUUCGUCGUGUUUCAUUGACAUCCACGCUUGGAGUGCAGCUGGAGAUACUGGUUUGUCUCGAAACGAUACAACUCAGCAGGCCAGGCAUCAGUCACAGCCUGUCUGCCUUGGCCAAUAUACGUACUUCUGACCCAAAACUGCUAUUAAAAUUACAGCAGGAUGGACAACAGGACCAGUGAUUCUAUCUAUCUACACCCCCCCCCCCCCCUUGUAAAGAAAUUCUCAAAUCCUGGACUAUCGCCACAUAAGUGGGGUGGGCGGGGCUUGAGACAAAGCUGAACAAUAGUGAUGGUGGUUCAUUUUAUUCUGUUCCAGGAUGUUUGGUUCCCCCCCUCACUUUUGACCAGCUACACCAGGAACUUGGGAUGGACACCACCUUCCCCUCUUCCCAUCGUAACAUGCGGAGUAAUAGAAUAAAUGUACAGCAAAACUCAUAGUUUACUCUUUUGUUUGGGUGUGUGUGUAACUUUGUCUCAACUUGAUAAAAGCAUGAUGGUGCCUUCUA